GGUGUGGCGAAAAGUCUGAUUAUAAAAGCGAGGGUAAAAGGAUCUUUGAAGUCCUGUCGGCUCUCGGAUCUUUACGAUCAAGUCAUCUGCCUAACAUUUCUUAGCCAAGCCAGUGUAGUGUUACUGUGUAUUAGAUUCCGGUGAAAUCAUUUUUGUCUUGAAGCCGCUGUUCCAUUUUCCCCAGAGUUUUAAACGAGCCGAGAGUGUCGUCAUCACCGACUAGUGGAAUUUUCCUUCUAAAACACACAAGAGCCUCUCUCUUUUUUUCCCCUCUUAAAGUCGCAUUCAUCGCUACACGGCACAAAUUACCAUGGCUACGACAGGAACCGCUAAAUGUGUAUUAUCUUCCGUGUUGAGGUCAGCAGCUACACAGCUAUUGCAAAAAGGAUCUAAAGCUGAAGUGUCAGCCCCUUGUUUCUCUUGUCAGAGGCGUCGCUAUGCUGUUGAAACGGGAGUCAAGAAAUCUACCAGGCUCAGGAAGAUGCUAUUAUCUUCUGAGCUUGAGUUCAUUAUGGAAGCCCACAGUGGGAUCAGUGCCUGUAUAGCUGAAGAAGCAGGUUUCAAGGGAAUAUGGGCCAGUGGGUUGUCCAUGGCAACACAACUUGGAGUCAGAGAUAGCAAUGAAGCCUCAUGGACACAGGUUCUUGAAGUUUUGGAGUUUAUGAAUGACGCCUGUACUGUGCCCAUCCUCGUUGAUGCCGACACUGGUUAUGGCAAUUUCAACAAUGCCAGGAGAUUGGUUCGGAAACUGGAAGAUAGAGGAAUCGCAGGUGCUGCAGUAGAGGAUAAACUGUUUCCAAAGACCAAUUCUCUGUUAGAUGGCAGGGCUCAACCACUGGCUGACAUUAAGGAGUUUGCACUCAAAAUACAGGCUAUGAAAGAUGCACAGCGAGAUCCAGACUUCAACAUUGUGGCAAGAGUUGAAGCUUUGAUCGCUGGCUGGGGUGUUGAUGAGGCCUUGAAGCGAGCAGAUGCUUACCUGGCAGCAGGAGCCACAGCUGUACUCAUGCACAGUAAACUGUCUGUGCCCAAAGAAAUUGAUGAAUUUUUGAAAGCUUGGAACAACAAGGGACCAGUUGUUAUAGUGCCCACAACCUAUUACAAGACGCCUAUGCAGCAUUGGAGAGAUCAGAAAGUUUCCAUGGUGAUAUGGGCGAAUCACUCUGUCAGAGCAUCAGUCAAGGCCAUGCAGGAAGUGACAGCUCAAAUUUUUAAAGAGCAAAGCACUGUGGGAGUUGAAAAAAAUAUUGCAACAGUAAAGGAGCUUUUCCGUUUGACAAAAGAUGAUGAACUGAAAGUUGCAGAGGAUAAGUAUUUGCCCAAAGCUUAACUGACACUUAACAGACACUGGUACUUCAGCUUCUAGCCCAAAAAUAUGCAUUUUGAACCCAAUGGAAACAAAGAAUCAUUUCAUUUAUUUUAGCUCAUACAUUUAAUGUAAUCAUUUUGAUGUAAAAAAAAUAAUUUUUGGAUUGCAUGGUUAAAAUAGGAGAAAUAUAAAUUGUUAAAUAUUUCAAGUUUUGUUUCGGUAAAUUUAAAUCUGUCAUCUCAAUUGAUGUGUGAAAAAUAUAUAUGAAGUACUAUCCAUCAUAUUUAUUGUUACUUUUAUAAGAUGGGAACAUCUAGCCAGAUUUUUUAUUGAAAGCAUGAGUUUUGUUCAGUAUUCAGCAUUAUGUAAAGAUGAGGAACAGGGUUACAAGUUUGACUGUAUUGUGGGAACAAUUGCAAUGUAAGGAGUUGCCAGGAAUGUUUUAAUUCUGUCUCUGACUUAUAUUAGUGUGGACUAUUGUUAUGUAAGGAGUUGCCAGAAAAGCUUUUAUUCUGUCUUUGACCUUUUUUAUGUAGACGCUUGUGAUUUUGCUUUCUUAAAAAAAAUGCUUGUCUUUUUUUUAGUGCUUAAGUUUCAAUAUUUAAAAAAAAAUAUUCUAUUUUUUGUUUUGUAAAAUGUUCAUUAUUUAUUUGAGCUUCUAGAUCUAGUUUCUUUCCAAUUUGUAAUAAAUUAUAUGGAGAUUUUAUUUAUUUAUUUUCAUGUCGAUCGUAAAGGACUCUUUUCUUUACCAAAGUUGUAGUUUAUUAUGUUACUCUGUCAGUAAGCUAGGAUAUAAAUUAACUGAAGAAGUUUUAAAACUGAAGUCCACACCUGAAAAUAAAGCAUUACUAUUAUUGAGUGCGUGGAUUUUCCGAAAUGUUCUUUUAGAAGCCAAAAAAUAAUGUCCUAGCCCAAACCUUCUUCAUGGACGUCAGAGGAUUGCAGGGGCAGGAGUCCAAAACCAUCUUAUCGACUGUCACACAUACCACAUGACUAGUAGACUUAAGUCAAUAUUUCUACUUAUAGCUUUCAUUCAGCACCAAAAUAUUAGUCUUAGGAUUAAAUAGCUGAGUGCAAAUAUUUAAAAAAAAUAUCAGAUUCUUAUUUCAAUCUGUCUUUUAAUGUAAGCAAGUUUAAGUUUUGGUACUAUGACCCUCAGCUGGGGUUGUUAGAGUUAGAGAAGAAUAACAAUGCUGAUAAUGAUAACUUCAAAGUCUGAACUAUUAUAUAAGUAUAUCAUGUUUUUUUCUUAUGAUAACUGUGUGUAUUAUUCGUAUAUGAUCAGUAUAUCAUGGGCUAGAAGAAUCACUUAAUUUGGGCUCAGUGGGUUGAAAGUGAAAGAACCCCUGCAAGCUUUUUUUUUUCUUUUGCUUUCUGUUCAGUUUUACAACUUUUCAACUCCAUGACACAUGAGGCCCCAGUUGAAGCAGCCAUCAAAUGACCUGUCAGCACUAUCAGUCAUGAUCUCUCUUAAUGACUUGUGUGACGCUGGACAGUGAUGAUAGCUGAUGAGGGUGACGAAACCUUUGACCGACCAACCGUUGACCCUUUCAACACUUGGGUCACUCAUUUAUUUCUUUGUAUCUGCAUAAAGCACUUCAUGAACCCUAAAACCCUCAAAGUUUCUAAUUUUUUUUUCCCCCACGACUUUUAGUUUAAAUCUAAUCCGAUACAAUAAUACACAAACAUGUUAACACAUCCACAUCCAGACUGUACAACCCGUUCAAGAGUUUAACAUUAUUCAGAGGUCGUUCAUAGUCCAUAAACAUUUUUAUUGUUCUAUUUUUUUGUAUUUAAUCAGCAGAAGAUUACAUUGCCAGGAACAAUGAUCUAUAUACAAACCCUACUCGCCUUACAUUUGAUUGGCAUGCUGCUUUACUUUAUACAUAAUUACAUUCAAUGUUAUUUUGGUGUUCUGUUUAUGAAUUCUGGCUCUGUUUAAUAUUCUGACAUGUGUUUGGAAGUCAUGAAAAUGUAAACAGGAAAGGCACAAGGUAGUCUACUGAAUUAUUUCCCUUCAUCACUGCACUGUGGCAUGUACAUAUAUUUGUAUAUGAUUAGUGGUCUAUUUAUUCAAUUGAUUUCAUAUUACGGCUGCAAGUAAUUAUAGAUUGUAUGUGUGUGUGUGUUUACCAGUGACAGUGUAUGAGGAGGUAGGAGAGGGGGGCAAAAGGAGAGAAUAAAAUGCAAUGAUCACCCCCACCCCACAUCUAGCAUGCUCACUAGUCUGUGUGUUAUUAAUGUCACAUAUCAGUAUAACCUUUAUGUCAACAUAAUCCAGUGUGGUCACCUCCCAGGCACAUUCCUGAGUUGAUCAUAGUCACUAGCACAAGCCAUCCGUUGUGUGACCCUCCCUAGCAUGCUAGGUUUCUCUUCCAAAACCUGGUUUAGUCAUAAUAUAACAGUACACACUUGUGUAGACUAUUUAAGAAUGAUUGACACUCCAGAUCUGUUCCUGGCUCCUAAAAGCAAUUAGGCGUAUGCAGUGACAAUGGACUAGGGAAAAAAUUUGAACCAAAUUGAUCCUUGGCCUGCUUUUUAACCUAACCCUUGGCGUGCUGGGAUAGAUUUGAAUUAUAGAAAAAAAAAAAAGGGAAGAUGGUAGUAAAGAAACAAGUCUAGCUAGUCAUUCGGUGGUGUCACUUGUUAUAGACAUCAUAGUCAUCUCUUGUUAUAAACAUCUCACAAUAUUUAUUCAAUAAUAGGCAUAAGCAUCAAUUGAUAAGUAGAGAUUGAUGCUUUUAGGAGCUCAAAUUUUUUAAAACCUUUACAAGUUCAGUUUCAGAUCCACAACUGGUGAUGAUAGAAAUGCAUAUGUUGUUACCUCACAGUUUUGACCCAGUCCAACUCACAUGAUAUUGUGAUCAGACAAUCUUGUUCUAUGUUGUUCGUUUUUUUUGUACUUUUUAACAUUUUUUUUCCAGUGUCUUUUUUUUUUCUUUCAAUGUUUUCUGAACAUUUCUUACAUAUUAUUUUAUCUCUGCUAGAAGAUGCUAUUUUUAGAAGCUGUUUGCUAGGCUAUUGCUUCAUAGAGCCCUAUUCUUUACUGCUGUCAGGUGCUGUCAUUAAUAAAAGCUGGAAGGGCUUUUAUUAGACUUGAAUGAACAGCAUUAAAGUGUAGUGUGUGUACAGCAUGUUGAGAAAACAAUAAACACUCCCUACGUCUGAUCUGAGGGAGCAGCCUUAAUUUAUUUUACAUAUACAACGUCUUUUUUUCCCCUCAUUGUUAUUGUCAUAUCUUUGUAUUCUUCUCUAUAAAUAUAUAUGUCACAUUUUUGCAUGCUGUAUUUUAUCCAUUACAUGGUCAGCUUUGGUUUAUUGAUAAGUUAAUUUUUAAUUUUUUUUUUUUUAAAUUGUUUUUUUUUUUAUGGAUCAUGUUUUACACCCUAAAGAAGUUUCACAAAGAAUAUUUUAUUUUGAAGUUAAAGAUAUUUAAUUCUGUAAUGUCAGUCAUGGGUAGUUGAUUGGAACAAAGUUUUCUUAGUUUUUUUAAUAUUAAGAACAAAAUGGAAACAAAUUUUAAGUGGUUUCUUAACUCUUUCUCUCCGUAAUUAUUUACCACAUUCAGGUGAAAUCAACGUUGGUAUCGUCUGUUAGGAGAGAAAGAGUUAAUCUCAUUGGGUUGCUUUGACAUUUCUCCUCCCAUACCCGAUUCCUUUUUCAAAAUAAUGUUCACAUUUUCAAGUUCUUUCCCCUGAACAUCUUCAUUGCCUUUGCUAGUGCUUGAAACCAAAGCUAAAAACAAUAAAAUAGAAGCCAUGUAAUUAAGGGAUUGAACAAGUUUUAUUCUCUUAAAUAUGCAAAAUUUGAUCAAGACAUCUGGGGACAAGUUUGGGUGGUUAGCAUAUAUAUAUAUAUAUAUAUAUAUAUAUAAUAUGUAAUUAGUUUAUAUUUUGUUGAUAACUUUUAAAUCAAAAAUGUUAAUGAGUGUAUUGUAGAUAAAUGGUUUACAAUUGUUUUUUUCCUUUCUGUCUAUUGAAGCUAAUGAAGGCUAGUGGAUUUCAACUAUUGUUUGUAUUCUCAGUGUUACUAUGUAUAGAUUAAAAGCUUUGAAUAUUUCUGCCAGACAAUCUGGACAUCUUGCUUUUUAACUGUCUGUUCAUCUUUGUUAAAAGAAAACACUGGGGAAAUGUAAAUGCAAGGAAAACUUUGAUUUGAAAUUUUAUAGUUGCUUAAUUUUUGGUCCAUUUUUUUUGUUUUUAUUUGUACAUGGGUCAAUCUAAAAUGUAUCAGGAGGUCCCUAUUUUUGUUUCCAUGUCUUAUAUUUGUAAUCCAUUGCUCAUUUAUUGUCAUGAAUAAAAAAAAAUAUAAGUUUAAUAAAAUACAUAAAACUAAAACUUAAAAAAAAAUCUGGAUCUACUUACGUCUAAUUAGUUAAUUUUAUACGAAUUAUACAAAUUCAUCACUGACCUGUAUAACUUACAAAAAUAAUAUGAUCAUUAAAGUAAAAUCAUUUUUAAUUAAUAUUAUUCUUUUAUUUAUUUAGUUUCUGGGGUUUUUUUUUACCUAUAAACUUUAAAGGAUGAGAAAACAAACUUAAUAUGUGUCAUGAUUUAUUUUUAAUUAUGUUUAUGAAAUUAUUUAAAUAAAACCUGAACCAAGUUCUUUUUUUUUUUUUUUUUUUAAAGGAAAUUUGCUCACUGCUCUACCCAAACUGACCAUUUUAUAAAUUGUUUAUUUAUAUAUUAUUUGUUGACAAAUUAGUUGAUGUGCACCUGAAUAUUUAUUAUAUACUUAUUUAUUUAACUUUCAUUUAUACUGCUUCCUAACUUUUUCUAUUAUCCUUAAAUGUAUUUUUUUUUUUAUGCUGGGGAGAAAACUAUUGGAAAAUUUUGAAUAACUAUUUGGACAUAUUGUGCUGUGUAAUGCAAUCAUUGGCUGAAUGUUCUGAGGGGAUUCACUCUGUGAUAAUUUUUAAAAUACAAAUCUUUUAUCCAUGUACAUUUUGAAUGUAGAGUUUGGUCUAUGUUUUGACAUUGUCGGUUCAUUUCUUUAUCAUAGAGUUGAAUUCUUUUGUGGGCUUCACUGUCAUGUUUUUUUUUCCUUACUGAGAAAUAAAAUAAAGGGGGCUUUUAACAAACGAAA